AUUCAGCGUAUACGGACUCAGCCGCCGGACCAAUAACAUCAUCGAAUCUUACCACAGUCGACUGCAGCAUCGGAUGGAGACUCGUCCAGGUCCGUGGGAUUUUGUGUGUAAACUGCUGAAACUUCAAGCAGACGUGAAAGCCGACAUCGCACGUUUAAGGAACAACGUGCAAAUCGGCAGGCAUGCACGAUAUUCGACCGUUUUCAAACAGAAACAAUUGAUAAAAGCGUGGCGUGAACUCCAUACGCUGGAAAUCACUGUAGAUGAAUUCCUUGAUAUGGCGGCUGCCUUAAAAGGGCACGUGGAGAUCGUCAUGGCUCAACAGAAUGAGGAGGAAAAUGAUGAGAAUAAUGAAAUGCAGGAACGUCCACCGACUAGACACUCAGACCCAGAUUUCGAGCAAGAAAUAUUUGAAGACGAUCCCCCUCGAUGGCUUCUCGAUAAUGUUGUUGAACCAUCACCAAAUGAUUCUCCCGAUGACGGUCUUGACGUUAUCUCAAGUGACGGGUCUGCCUAUAGUUGAAUUCUUCAAUGAACAAGAAGACGAUCCACCAGAGAUGGAAAUUCCUCAUGACAUCGAAAGACCGAGAACGGUCUCACUCGAACUGAACAAUAUCGAAGAAGUCAUGCAGACCGACGACGAAUCGCGUCAACCUUUGCCGCUAGCAACAAACGAAGAAAUCCUCGACAUUGAUGAAAGCUCGCAUGGAUCAUUGUUAUUUGUAAAUAAUGAAAACGAUCCGAAAUCGAGAGAUCUGAGGAAUGUUGAAGGAACGACACCAGAAGCAACGCAGCCCGGUAAUAACGGUUGGAUUCGAAGACCAAGAAAGCGAAGAAGAGGGAACAACACGAACCAACCUCCCUCUGUUCUUACAACUCAAUCGACAGCUAAUCGCCAGAAGCGAAAUAGGCGAAGAAAAGGUUAA